GUAGGAGAAGGAGGGCGUGCCGAAGGUGGCGGCGUGCGUUUGCCUGUGUGACACAAUUACAACAACUUUGAGCUGGUGGUUGGGGAAGUUUGCGAUUUUUUAUCAAAUAGCAUCCUUUAGUAAAACCCAGAUUGCAUCAACUUCAUGCAUACUCUAAGAUUGGAAUACACGGCCUAUUUUGGUGUACGAUGAGGUGUGUGGAAUAUAACUUUAAAGGGUCGUUUCCUUGAGGAUUUUGCAACAAUUACGCUACGCCCCAUUUGCUUCUGGAUAAGGUUUCGCACCUUCGUUAUUGCAUUUUGGCGGAGUUGGUCGGCGGAUUGUCCGUUUCCUUUCCAUGAAAUCGUGCGGAGUGUCGCUCAGCGCCGCUGCCUCUGCUGCUGCUCGGAGUCUCGGCGCUGCUGGUGAUGAGGAAAAGAAAAUGGCGUCUGGAAAAGCGAAUGAAAUCGAGGAGGACUUUCCAAAGCUAACAACGCAAGAGAGAGAAAGCUUGGCCGCAAUUGACAGUUCACUGUUUGGAUUUCAGGGGCUUCAUGAAGAUGGCGCCAGAACGAAGGCCUUGUUGUUAAAGGCUGUAAGCUGCUACGAUGCUAUCAUCCUGAAAGCCGAGGGGAAAGUGGACCCUGAAAUGUUCUGUCAGCUAGGCCAUUUCAACCUUUUACUGGAGGACUAUCCAAAAGCAUUAUCUGCAUACCAGAGGUACUACAGUUUACAGACCGACUACUGGAAGAAUGCAGCCUUUUUAUAUGGCCUUGGAAUGGUUUACUUCCAUUACAAUGCAUUUCAAUGGACAGAGCAGUGCCCCUCAGCUGAGGCCCAGGCAGGAUGGAGAAGGGCAAUCAAGUCCUUCCAAGAGGUCCUGUACAUAGACCCUGGUUUCUCCAGGUCCAAGGAAAUCCAUCUAAGACUGGGCCUCAUGUUCAAAGUCAACACAGACUAUGAGUCGAGCCUGAAGCAUUUUCAGCUGGCUUUGAUCGACUCCAACCUCUGCACUUUGUCCAAAGCUGAAAUCCAAUUCCACAUUGCUCAUCUGUAUGAAAUUCAGAAGAAAUACAGAACGGCAAAGGAAGCCUAUGAAAGUCUACUGCAGACUGAAAAUCUCCCUGCACAGGUGAAGGCCACUACACUGCAACAACUUGGCUGGAUGCAUCACACCGUGGAGCAGCUCGGGGACAAAAGCAACAAGGACAGCUACGCCAUCCAAUGUCUGCAGAAGUCUUUGGAGGCCGACCCCAACUCGGGCCAGUCCUGGUACUUCCUCGGCAGGUGCUACUCUAGUAUUGGGAAGGUCCAGGAUGCCUUCAUCUCCUACCGCCAGUCCAUUGACAAGUCAGAGGCCAGCGCCGAUACCUGGUGCUCCAUAGGGGUGCUCUACCAGCAGCAGAACCAGCCCAUGGACGCGCUGCAGGCCUACAUCUGUGCUGUGCAGCUGGACCACAGCCACGCGGCCGCCUGGAUGGACCUGGGCACGCUGUACGAGUCUUGCGGCCAGUCGCACGACGCCAUCAAGUGCUACAUCAACGCCACGCGCAGCAAGGCCUGCCUCAACACCGCCGCGCUCACGCAGCGCAUUAAGCUGCUGCAGGCUCAGUUGUGUAACCUACAGCCAGGUAGUCUGCAGAGUAAGAGUAAAAUGCUUCCUAGUAUUGAGGAGGCGUGGAGCCUGCCCAUCCCCGCUGAGCUCACGUCCCGCCAGGGGGCCUUGAACACUGCACAGACGCAGCAGGCGUGUAAGACAGAGGGAGGCCAAGCCUCCAGCAGCCAGGUGGACUCACAAGCCAGCCUCGCCAAGAGGAAACGUACCGCCAGCCCAGCUAAGGGUGCUGCUGCUGCUGCUGCAGCAGAUUCAUGGGCUUCCAGCCCGGUCCACCAGCAGAUUCCCAGCUGGUAUCUUAAACCACAGAAGCUUCAGCUGCUGGAUCAGCUGAGGUCCAACCGGGCCAGUCUCAAACCUCCACAGAUGCAGAUGCUGGAACAGCUGGAGAACCAAUUCUCCCUCAUGCAGCAAAAUCAGCAGCAGAUGCGUCAGCAGGCAACAACCGCAGCAGACGGUCAGAACCGGCCCACCCUCCCAAACGGCCCCCUCGCCGAGACCCCCCGACCCCUCGCCGGCCUCUCCCGCUACCCCUCCCUCAACCACUCGGCUCCCCAGCCCACGGCCAACGGUUCGUGUGCCGCGAGCCCCGCGGGGCCCCCGGGCCCCCCGGGCCCCCCCAACGCCGCUCCCCUGGGCAACAAUCACACCCUGGGCCCCGGAGGAGGAGGCGGCGGAGGCGCGAGCAACGGAAACGUGCCUUACCUGCAGCAGAACUCUCUACCUCACAACUGCACAGCCACCAGUCACACAAGCACCAGCAGCGCCGCCAGUAGUCCCAGUCACGCAGACGACGCCUGGAGGAGCCAGCCACGCAACAACACCUCUCAGGGGCUUCUUAAAGGUCCAGGUUCACAUUCGGCGGGUCCCAAUGGAGAGCCGCUCUCUUCCUCCUCCUCCCCCCACGCCUCGCUGCCCUCCUCCGGCCCCGGUGCACCCAAUCAGGUUGGACAUUCCUCCGGGCCCUGCACUGCCUCCUCCUCGGCCUCCUCGCUGUCCCCCACCUCCCCCCAGACCACGCCCAACCACCUGUCCUCGCCCCCCCACGCCGCCACUACCUCAGGGGCUCACACCAAAGACGCCGCGCCUUCAGGAAGCAGCAACGGCACCGCCCCGCCGACGGGGGCCGAGACCACCGUCGCGCCCCCCGCGGGGACGCCGCCGGGCUCCGACGCCGCCCCCGUGCAGGGAUUGACUAAUCACGUCCAGCCUCGGGGGACGAACCCGUCGACCGGCCUAUCGCAGCCGGGCUCUCCUGCCGCCGCUCUCAGUUCCGACAAUCCACAGCUCUCCGCCUUGCUCAAGGGGAAGGCUAACUCUGGCCGCAACGACGACAACAACAACUGCAGUAACCCCGCCGCGACGCCGGAGAGGGUCAACAACGUCCACCCGGGCCUCCACGCCAAGCCAUCGGCCGAGCACUCGGCCGCCUCUUCCUCGCCGCAGUCAGCCACGUCCUCCGCCAAACCCUGCUCUGCACACCCCCGCGCCACCAACAGCCUCUCCUGCCUUAACAGCCCGUCCAAUGACCAGGCGCCCAAGCUCAACGGCAAGGGCCCCGGCGACUCCAGGAGCCCAGUGAAGGUGGAACCUUUAGCCACGGCCUCCUCGGGCCUGGCUCCCUUAUCCUCGGUUUCAAUCUACCCCAGUUCCAGCGAGGUGCUGAAAGCGUGCAGGAACCUGGGGAAGAACGGCCUGUCCACCAGCAGCAUCCUGCUGGACAAGUGUCCGCCCCCGCGGCCCCCCCCCUCGCCCUCCCCCGUGCUUCCCAAGGACAAGCUCAACCCGCCAACACCCAGCAUCUACCUGGAGAACAAGAGGGACGCCUUCUUCCCUCCUCUGCAUCAGUUCUGCACCAACGCCGCCAACCCUGUCACCGUCAUCAGAGGCCUGGCAGGGGCUCUCAAACUUGACCUGGGCCUGUUCUCCACCAAGACGCUGGUGGACGCCAACCCGGACCACCUGGUGGAGGUGAGGACCCAGCUGGCUCAGCCCACCGACGAGAACUGGGACCCCAGCGCUAGCCGGAAGAUGUGGCGCUGCGAGAGCAGCCGCUCCCACACCACCAUCGUCAAAUACGCGCAAUACCAGGCCUCCUCCUUCCAGGAGUCGCUACGGGAGGAGAGUGAGAAGAAGAAGGAGUUGGAAGCAGAAGCGGCCUCUCCGGAGAAUGCUGCACGCAGACGAAAAGGGCCUUUCAAGCACCUCAAGUUCGGCACCAACAUCGACCUUUCAGACGAGAAGAAGUGGAAGCUGCAGCUCCAGGAGCUGGCCAAGCUGCCGGCCUUCGCCCGCGUGGUGUCGGCAGGCAACCUGCUCAGCCACGUGGGGCACACCAUCCUGGGCAUGAACACGGUGCAGCUCUACAUGAAGGUCCCUGGGAGCAGGACGCCAGGUCACCAAGAGAACAACAACUUCUGUUCGGUCAACGUCAACAUCGGGCCUGGAGACUGCGAGUGGUUUGCCGUGCCUGAGCCAUACUGGGGAACCAUCAACGACUUCUGUGAAAAAAACAACAUCAACUUCCUGAUGGGCUCGUGGUGGCCCAACCUGGAGGACCUGUACGAGGCCAACGUGCCCGUGUACCGCUUCAUCCAGCGGCCCGGGGACCUGGUGUGGCUCAACACGGGCACCGUGCACUGGGUCCAGGCCAUCGGCUGGUGCAACAACAUCGCCUGGAACGUCGGCCCCCUUACAGCACACCAGUACAAGCUGGCGGUGGAGCGCUACGAGUGGAACAAACUGCAGAGUGUCAAGUCCAUCGUUCCCAUGAUCCACCUCUCCUGGAACAUGGCCCGGAACAUCAAAGUGUCGGACCACAAGCUCUUUGAGAUGAUCAAGUACUGUUUGCUGCGGACGCUGAAACAGGUUCAGAUGCUCCGGGAGCUGCUGCUGUCUGCGGGGAAGGAGAUGGUUUGGCACGGCCGGUCCAGGGACGAGCCGGCGCACUACUGCAGCAUCUGUGAGGUGGAAGUGUUUGACCUGCUGUUUGUGACGAGCGAGAGCAACAGCAAGAAGACGUACGUGGUGCACUGCCAGGACUGCGCUCGCAGGGGCAGCGCCAACCUGGAAAACUUUGUGGUGCUGGAGCAGUACAAGACAGAGGACCUCAUGCAGGUCUACGACCAGUUCACACUGGCCAGUCCUCUGCCUUCGUCCUCCUGAUGGUAACAUAGUAUUGUUCUGCGGACCACUAGAGCUCUGAUGGACCGGACGGAGCACUCUGGAAACCAUUUGUUUUGUUUCUGAUAUUCAGGAAGUUAGCUGGCAGUGCUCCCCACUGCGCUCUGUAGCUAUCCCAAAAGGCAGCUGUGUGAAAGCUGUGUGUCUAUGCAACCUGCCCCGAGCGGUCUGCCUCCCCCCAGUGGACUGGAGGGCGAACGGUAGCCUCUCCCGUCACCAUGACCAGACUGUUCUACUGCUGGCCCAGCUGGACUUCUCAAGAAAACAAACAAAACAAAAAACGACUAUUGAUAGAAGAAUGGUUUUGUAUAUAUUGUGUUACAACUGGCAAACAACAUCACAUAAAGACUACUGACACGCUAAUCGCCCCCCCCCCUUUAUUUUGUAAUCCGUUAGUGGCUUUACACAUGAGUUUAUUCCCUCGCCCCCGUCAACCGUAACUGGCAUAGCUGCUCUUUUAUGUUAGAUGGCUAGAUGUCUCCUUGGACAGGAAACGAAGAAAAACUGUUUUGUAAUGUGAAGAGUAGAGUGACAUGUUGUUUGCAACAUUUUCCUCCUGUUUUUAAUGGACUUAACGUUUCCACUUAUUUUCGUUUGUUGGAACCGUUUCUUUUGUCGCUGGCUUUGCUUUUCUAUGGUUUAAAAAGGGUAAUUAGUUGGAAAGAAACAACAGCCAAGACAUAGUGAAAAGUGGGUUGCACAUAGACAAAGGAAUAGACUUUUUUCUAAUUUUGAUGUAAAUUUACACUAUUUAUAAAUGCAUAUUUAUUGCUUGAAAAUAUUUGUUGAUGGAAUGCUGUAAUUUUUUUUUUUUCCAGAGAACCUGCCAUUCAAUUUUGAAAGAUCCUUGUCACUUUGGCCGUGGCAUCUUGUACGUUUUCUAUAUCAACUGCUUAGUAAGCAUUGUACAGAGACCCUCCUUGAAAUGGUUUUAUUGUUUGAAGGAUGUUUUAUGCGUCAAUAAACAAAAAAAUCUUUAUUUAAAUUUUUGGGAUUCUUUGCUGAUAAUUAUUACAUCUCAUUCAUCAUAGCUAGAUUCUCAAAUGCCAGGUUAUUUAUUGCAUUGCAUUUAUUUAUUGCAUUUAAUACCGUUCUUUCAUUGUUUCACACAUUCAAAGGAAUGCAGAUAUUUGAGAAAUUGCUCUUGUACACAAAUGGUAACCAGAGUUGUUUUUUGUGGUACAAACAUAAGGUACAAAUCAAUAAACCUUUGAUUCAUAAAUCAGGCACACAUUUAAAAAUGUCACCUUUUAGUGGGACCGCAAGAGCGAUCACAAACGUACAUUUGUACUAAAUUAAUACAGUUUGGGCAUCGUCUUGGAUUACGCAUUUGAAAUAGACUGUCCCCCAUCACAACAGUGCAGCUACUGCUAUGUGGUAAAUCGAACCGUUUUCUUUUGAGCUUCCCAGUGAUAGCGAAAGUGGCGGGGGGUCACUUUCACGUCACAGCUGUAGUUGCAAUCGGCUUAUGACCGGUUUGAUGUGGAGCCUUCAGGGGUGCCCAUUAGGGCUGUAAAUGUACCCCUGAAAUCUCCCAGUAUCUAUUCCACUGCUACCAUGUGACCGUCAGAUCCCUAGCCUGUAACAAAGACAUCAUCCCUCAUUAAAUGUUCCUAGGGUGCAUCAGUCGCUUCGAUCUGGCGGCGUACUGUGUCUAGUCUGGUUUUUCUACGUACUUUUUCAAUUUGAUUCCAGAGUUGGGUGAAUGAAUGGAAAUAAACGAGUUUGGGAAUAAAUAAUCAAAUGGAGCAGCAUAGCCAAAGAGAUCAAAAGCCCUACUGAUGUUUGCACGAUUUAUCAGGUUGGCUUUUCUUUUCUCUCUGGGGAACAGACUUUUCUAUCUGGGAUUUUCUGUGGUAAUUAAACUUCCGUUCAUUGCAUGGCUCUUUUAUGAUUGUUAUUGUCUUUUUGUUUGUUUUUACCCUAAGUACAACAGUUAGUAUUUUUAUAACAAGCAUGUGUAAUGGUACAAUGGUUCACUGGGGAAUGGGGAACUCCAUCAAAAAACGGUUUAGAAAAGAGGAACGGUUCAAGUGCGUUCCCUUAACACCAUGGACCUGUUCUUGGAAGACUUAAUGAUAAAUGAGGUGACAAUGAAUGGUUUGUGUCUUUCAGAUUUGAAUUAAAGAGUUGAAUGGGGAAUUUAAUCUUUUCAUUCUAAUUGGCAAUACAAGUGGACUAUUAUUUUCAUGGUGCUCUAAAAAGCCAAAUAGCUGCAAAUAGAUAAACCCGCCCCUGUCCUCAAAAAAGAUUG